AAACAAGCGCGUAAUGUUAAGGGGAGCACAUCCUAAUGGCCACGCGAUGUAGCAAAAACCAAUUCAUCCAAUGAACUGUCCCUCCAAAACGAAACAUGUGUGCGCGUGCUUCAAAACACCGACUCUCUUUUCUUCCCAUUUAGAAGAAAACAAACGCCUGAUCCGCGGAAACCCGAACGUGCUGAUUAACAAUUUCCGUUCAUGUGUUCAGAUAAUACGACGCCGACUUUUCCUUCACCAUGGCAGUAGUACAUUAAACAACGAAAAAAAACUAAAACUGAAAUUGCAACAAACAUUGCAACCGAAGUUGCAACAAAAAGUGCAAACAAAAUUGCGAUUAAAAAAAUGCGUAACAAUUACGGCAACAUAUCUUACUGGGACGAGCGAUACACAAACGAAGAAGAGCAAUUUGACUGGCAUCAAAAAUGGUGUAGUGUAAAGCACAUUUUCUCAGAGCUGGACGUACGAAAUGACGCAAAAAUCUUGAAUGUCGGCUGUGGGACAUCAAGAUUCAGCGAAGAAAUGCUAGACAAUGGCUACACAGAUAUAACGAACAUCGAUGCAUCCGCCGUGUGCAUAAAUAAGAUGAAAGAAAUGUACAAGGACAAGCCGAAUUUAAAAUACAUACUAAUGAACGUGUGCGACAUGAAGGGAUUUAAAAAUGCAGAGUUUGACCUAAUCGUGGAUAAGGCCUGUCUAGACUCUGUGGUUUGCUCGGAAGAUUCCCUGAAAAACGUCGAGGAAAUGUUGUCCGAAGUAUCGCGCGUGUUAAAGCCCGAAGGCGUCUUUGUUGUCAUAUCGCAUGCGCAACCGACUUAUCGACUAGGGUAUUUGCAAAAGCAGGACUACAAGUGGAACGUCGCGGUGAAAACGGUUAAGCGGCCUAUGUUAGGGAUAGUGGGUAAGUUUGCGCUACUUGAACGAGUUAUUAAAGAUGGCAUGUAG